AUGAAGACUUUGGCCACUAGUUUCAUCCUUGGGAACCUGGUGUUGGCCUUCUAUCUACCUUUGGUGGUGACUUUACCUAAAACACUGGCCAUUCCUGAGAAACUGCAAGAAGCUGUGGGGAAAGUUGUUGUCAAUGCCACAGCCUGUACUGUCACCUGUGGCCUUGGCUAUAAGGAGGAGACCGUCUGUGAGGUGGGCCCUGAUGGAGUGAGGAGGAAGUGUAAGUCUCAGCGCUUGGAAUGUCUGACCAACUGGAUCUGUGGAAUGCUCCAUUUCACCAUUCUCAUAGGGCAGGAAUUUAAGCUGAGCUGUCUGAGUUCAGACAUCCUGGAGAUUGGACAGGAAGCUUUCCGAUUCACUUGGAGACUUGCUCGGGGUAUCAUCUCAACUGAUGAUGAGGUCUUCAAACCCUUCCGAGCCAGUUCCCACUUUAUAAAGUUUCAGUCCCCUCAGGAGUAUGACUCUGGGACCUACCGGUGUGAUGUGCAGCUGUUAAAAAACUUGAGACUUGUCAAGAGGCUCUAUUUUGGGCUGAGGGUCCUUCCUCCUAACUUGGUGAACCUGAAUUUCCAUCAGUCCCUUACUGAGGAUCAGAAGUUAGUAGAUGAGGGCCUGGAAGUGAAUCUGGACAACUAUUCCAGGCCUCAGCGCCCACCAUGGAAAAAGAAGAUGACCAUAGCUGUGGGAAUAGGAAUUGCCAGUGGUGUGGCUGGUGGCGUGUUGGUGAGCGUUGCCCUGUGCGGUGGGCUGAGGGUGAUGCACGGCAGUGCCGGCCUUGAGACCUUACAAACCUUGCUGCCGAAGGGCUGGCUGCUCAGGAAGCCAAACUAG